UGGCCUGAAUAUCGCUAGUAUUAACCCAGACUAAUGUUGCUCGUCUCAUACCUGGAAUGUGUGACCGUGAAGCAGUCCGCCCGACGCAGAAGCUAGGGUGUCAAAGAUGUGUUCACACAACAGAUAGUUCUCCACUCGUCGUGGCCUGACACACAGAGGAUGCGGAUGGGUCUCCAUGAUAGCUUUGUUUGCGUGCAAUGAUGUGCUUGUUCUGGGACUGGCUCUAUUCACUCUAGUACUGAGUGGCAAGUUUGAUGGCAGCAUCAGUGGCUUCGUUUCUAGAGUCGACAAAAAUAGCUUUGGACAACCUCCGGGGCAGUCCUUCAGUAGAAGAGACGCAAGGUCCUUAGAAGCAUCGCAAGUGAAUCGAGCGCCAGAGUACAGAUACACAAUCUUGUUGACUUGCUGGCGAUUGCCUCAGCAAUCUUGGGUCUGCCCUGUCCGAUGCAUGAGACGGCAGGUCCAGCAGAUCCGUCGAGGAUGACCUUUCCGGAUUUAAGAAUAAUAGAGAUGCCUGAAGCUCGCAAGACUCGUUCUGGUCAAGCUUUGAAUGAUCCAUGAAGGAUGCGGGGGUUUGUAGCA